UCCCAACUCGCACAUGCCAGUCGCCCCCAUCAAAACAGCACACCGCGCACGACCGUGCCACUACCAGCCAGUAGCCACAAACACCUCACUUCCACCUGGCGUAUGUCGGUCAACGCAGCAGAGGCAACAACGCCUCUCCUUCAAGAUGUGGGAGCUACGGGUGGGGAGGAGGUGAGUCAGCCAUCGCUCGUGGCCCGGCUGUGGGACGAUGCGGCGGCGGUGCUGGUGCCUGCCGCCGAUGACGAGGGCUUUUACUCCAAGUUUUAUCAAGAUGAUCGCGAGGAGUCCAUCUUUCGUCCGGGACCCAAGGACAUUCCCAGAUCAGAGCUGCAGCGGUUCUGGAGGGAUUCCGAGCAUGCUCUUGGCGGGAGUCAUGUUCUUGCUGACGUCGAGAGCUCGGAUGGCGCUGCCGCGCGCGCUGCCUUAGGGCGCGUCUUCUGGCGCCGAUUUAAGCGCCUGCUCUCGUGGUCCUUCCGCACCCGCUGCUGCUGCACCCGCGAUGGCUCGCUCCUUGCCCUCGGCAUAAUGCUUGCCAUCUUUGGUGCCAUCUCAAACACCAUGUUCUUUGUCCUCUUCCCACCCAUCAUCUCUGCCGUCAAGGACCGGUCGUUGUCGCGGUUCCUCACCUCAAUGUUACCCAUCGUCAUCGUUGCUGCCACCGCAACGCUCCUCCAGGCCACAGCCAUCUACGUCGGCCAGCGAGUUGCCGUCCGCCUCCGCAAGUCGCUAACCCGCCGGCUGCACUUUCGCUACCUCUCGCGCAACAUCUACUAUCGCAUGGUUCUUAUGGACGGGCGGGUGGACAAUCCGGACCAACGGAUCGUCACCGACACUGAGUCGUUUACCUCGGCUGUUCCGGCUAUUCUCUGCGGCACGCUCGACCAAACUGGCGGCGCGCUUGGAACGCUCGUUCCCGGAAUCAUUCUUGGCUUCCUCACCCUGCAAGAGCUCGGUUGGCAGGCGCUAGCCCUCGCCAUUCUCAUGUCCAUCUGCUCCACCUUUUUGGCCAAGACCUUUAUCGGCCGCGUCGUUCCGCUCGUCUUCCGACAGGACCGGCUUGAGGGAGACCUCCGCUUUGCGCACGUCCACAUCCGCGAGCACGCCGAGGCCAUCGCCUUUCUCGACGGCCACGAGCAGCAGCACCGCUCGAUCAACCUCGGCCUCCGGCGUGUUCUCGCCAACGCGUACGCGCUUGCCAAGAAGCGCUUCCCGCUCAACCUCGCCGUCAACCUCUCGCAGGGCAUCUCCAACAACAUCGCCAUCCUUGUCCCGGCCAUCGUCUUCUUUGCCUACGGCUUCCCCUCCAAGAACGCCGACGGCUCGCCCAACACGCCCUCGCAGAACGCCUCGCUCUUUGAUAACGCCUUUGCCUACCUCUCGGGCUUCACCGGCGCCACCAUGACCCUCCUCUCGUACUCCCAGACCAUCACCCGCCUCGCCGGCGUCACCAACCGUCUCGGCGAGAUGCUCGAGGUCAUGGACGAUGUCCAGGCCCAGGAGCGCAUCCACACCUUCCACCUCGCAGGAUCCCACGAGGCCGUCAUGAUCGGCGACACGCUCACCGAGCCCAACCGCAUCGCCCUCGCCGAUGUCUCAGCCUACACCCCGGACAACGUCAAGCUCGCCACCCGCAUCUCGUUCGAGGUCCGCCCCGGCGGCUCGCUCCUCAUCAUGGGCCCGUCGGGCGUCGGCAAGUCCUCGCUCCUUCGUGUCCUCGGCGGCCUCUGGCCCACACACGGCGAGGGCACCAUUUCCCGCCCCGCGCGCAUCGGCCGUGACGGCCUCUUCUACCUCCCGCAGGUCCCGUACAUGGUCCUUGGUGGCUCGCUCGCCGACCAGGUUGCCUACCCGCUUUCUGACGGAGCCUCCGUCCCGCUCGCCACCCUCGACGCUCUCCUUGCAGAGUUUGACCUCGCCCAUCUUCCCACCAUCGAGGCCGCCGCCCGCGACGCCGGCGAGCCGCUCAAAUGGGACGUCGUCCUCUCCGGCGGGGAGAAGCAGCGCCUCGCCAUGGUCAGGCUCUUCUUCCAUGCGCCCAAGCUCGCCAUUCUCGAUGAGUGCACCUCAGCCGUUAAUGAGGAGUUGGAGGACGUGUUCUACCAAAAGCUCACAGCCUCGGGCAUCGGCUUUGUCUCGGUCGCCCACUCGGUUCGUGUCCUGCCCUUCCACCAGCAGGUGCUCUUUCUCGAGGGGCCCGACAGCUACGCGCUCCUCUCCCGCGAGGACGCUGUCGCCCGCCUCGAGGCCGAUCGCGCCGGAAACUUGGUCGCAGAGCCACUUCCGGUCUCGCUCUCGGUCCUCGCUCCCGGCUCUGCUACCCGCGGCACUCUCCACCGCUCGUUUGACUCGCUCAGCAUCGCCGACGACCCCGAGGUGACACUCCUCACCUCGAUCGGUGCUCGCGGCUCGCGCUCCGACAACGCGCUUCCCACCGACGUCCCCACCUACCGGCCGAUCUCAGAGGCUACUGCCGUCGGCGACGCAAGCUCGCCGCCGCCCACCCCGUUUGCCAAGACAGACAUCCCAGACCACGAGUUUGAGGCCUUCUUCCCCUUCCCCAAAUCGGUCGCCGCCUCGCUCCUUGCCACAGUCGAGGCCGUUGACCAGGCCUCGACCCGAUCGGCGCUCGGCCUCAGACUCCUCGAGCGCAUGCGGCGGCUCAACGCCAUCGUCUUCCUCUCGCCCACCUCGCAGCCUCGCAAGCUUCUCCUCUGCGGCUCGGCCCUUGUCCUCUACGCCGCCGCAGCCACCGUGGCCGGCCCGCUCAUCCUCGCCCGGAUCGUCGACUCGGUCUCAAAGUCGCAAUCGGGCACCUUUAUCACUUGGAUGUCGGUCCUCGCCUUCCUCACUGUCUCCACUAGCAUCACUACCGCCUUUCAGUACUACUACGCCGCGCUCCUCGGCAUCGUGGGCCACAAGGGCCUCUCCCGUCACCUCCACUUUCGCUAUCUCAACGGCAACAACUACUACCAGGCCAACGUCGCAGACAGCCGGAUCGACAACUGCGAUCAGCGGCUCACCGAAGACGCCCGCUCCUACGCCCAUGUGCUCGCCCAGGUCCUUCUUGGCACUCCGCUCUCGCCGUCGGCCCUCGCCGUAUUCCCGGUCACCAUCGGCCUUACCGUCGUCGCCUGGUUCCAGAUCACAUGGAUCGGUGUCGUCCUCGCCUACGCGCUCGCCAUCCUGGUCUUCCUCCUCUCGCGCGCCGCCACCGCCCCGCUUGUCCCGCUCGUCUUCCGCCAGGACCGCCUCACCGGUGACCUCCGCUUUGCUCACGUCCGCCUCCGCGAGGCCGCCGAGUCUGUCGCCUUCCUCGCUGGCCACGCCACCGAGCACAAGCUCCUCAACAAAGCCCUCGCCCUCGUCCUCCACAACUUGGUCAAGCUCGUCAAGAAGCUCUGGUUCCUCUCUGUCUACGUCAUUUUCUCCGCCUACCUCGGCGUCCUUGGCGGCUUUGCCCUCCCGGGCAUCCUCGCCUUCACCGGCCACCUCACCGGCAACGUCGAGAACAAGUUCCUCAUUGUCUACAUCACCUUCAACACCCUCUACCGCAACAUUGUCGAGGUCCUCACCCUCUCAGGCGCCCUCGCCAAGCUCUUUGGCCACGCCAACCGCCUCGGCGACCUCCUCGAGAUAUUUGAUCUCUACGACCACGAGGCCCGCGCAAUGUCGGCCAUCGUCGCAAACCCAGACGCUGUCGUCUUUGACAAUGUUACCGUCGAGACGCCGUCCGGCAAGCGUCUCGCCAGGGACCUCUCUUUUCGCGUUGGCACUGGUGACUCGCUCUUUGUCGAGGGCCCGUCCGGCGUCGGCAAAUCGUCUAUCCUCCGCACCCUCAUGGGCCUCUGGCCUCCGGCCUCUGGCCGUGUCGAGCGCCCGCUCGCCAUCGGCCGCGGCGGGAUCUUCUUCCUCCCGCAGUCACCGCUCCUCAUCCUCGGCUCGCUCAAGGACCAGAUCGUCUACCCGCGCUCCGCCGCCGAGGCCCCGCUCUCCGACGCCGACCUUCACGAGCUCCUCUCCCUCGUCCGCCUCUCACACCUCCUCGAUCGCGCGUACGCCUCUACAAACAGUGGGCUCUACGCAAACUGGGCCAAUAUCCUCUCCGGCGGCGAGAAGCAGCGUCUUGCCAUGGCCCGUCUCCUCUUCCACGCCCCCAAGUUUGCCAUCCUCGACGAGUGCACCUCGGCCCUCGACGAAGACAUGGAGAACACCUUUUACUCGCUCGCCAACUCGCUUGGCAUCCAGUGCAUCUCGGUCUCGCAUCGCUCCAACGUCCGCCGCUUCCACACCACUGCCCUCCAGCUGGCUCCCGACGGUUCUUGGGCUCUCCACAACGUUACCCGUGGUAGCGAGCUUGCUGCCCCCGCGUCAUUGCCGUCUUGGCGAGCAGAAUGA